AUGUCCCACGUGAUCACCUCCUCACGCACCCGACUAGCCACUGCAAGCCUCAUUCAGGAAAGCCACGCCGCGUUUCUUCAAGGAUUUGUUGCACGAGAGGCAGAAAAUCGAGCUGCGAAGCAGCAACCGAAGCUCUCGGCUGAGCAGCAUGCCGCUCACAGAGCACAGCUGAGCAACGUCCGCUUCAUCAAGCCAACAUACUCGCAUGGAACGGAGAUCAAUGUCAGCGGGAUCUUUAGAAAGUGGAAGAGAUACUGCGAAGACCUCAAGGUUGGGGACUGGGAAGCGACCAUAAAGAAUCUGAAGCGACAGACGACGCAGGAUUUCUUCCUUUACAUCUGCGAAAACUCAAAGAUAAAAUCAUGGGGUACAGGCGAAGAGUACAUCCGGCAAUUCCAACAACUGCAUACGACCAUAAAUGGGCAGUAUAUGGAUCCAGACCGUCUAUGUGGCUUACGGUUGACUAGGCAUGUUCUGAUUCCUCGCUUUGGCCACCGCCCGCCCAACAUUGACGGCAAGCCGGUUCUGAACGUCGAUAACCUUCUCCUUACCUGCUGCUACCAACUUCUUUGCUAUACCGGUGCACGACCAGCUGAGCUUGUGGAUGGCGAACGGAAGAAGCCAAAAGACGGAUUAGUCGAGCAGCUUUUCGGUCGAAAGGUUGUCGAGGCCCCACCAUCUACCGACAAUAGUGAAAACCCUGAACAACAGGAAUCGGCUCCUGAUAAGGACUCUCAACUGCUUGAAAGCCUCCUAUCUCAGGAGACUGUUGGCCGCGGGCGACCCAAGGCCCUGUGCUAUGAGGAUAUCAUGAUGAUGAUUGUGCGGCACCCUGCCACCGGACGUUGUAUCCCGGCCAUGGCCAUCAAAUUCAUUCAUCACAAGGGAGCAGACAAUAAACCUAGGCCGACCAUCUUCUAUUUCUCACCCACGAGGAAGCUCAUCUUUUGCGCCGUUUCAACCAUCCUCUCCCUCGCUCUACACGACAAAGCAUUCGAUUCGCCAAGUUUAAUAAAUGCAACAUCGAUAUUCGACAAGGAACCGCCGAAGUUCCAGCAAAGCACGCCGCUCCGAUGGAAGAAAUCCAUGCUCAAAAUCCCCGUUUUCCAAAGUCUUGACUCAGGGCAUGAAAAGAGAUGGACUCCCAGAUUCGCCAGAAGAGGCGCCUCGAAUGCCGCUAAUGGUGAUGCACCAGAUGCUGUACGCGACCAAAUGAUGCGCCACGAUCCCCAAUUUGCCACCUUUCAUCACGCGUACCUGAAUGAGAUUACCAACUUCGAUAUUCAGAAUGCUUUCCUGGAGGAGGAGAAGGAAAGCCAGCUCUUCCGACUCUUUGCACAUGUCAGUCUCACGCGCGACCCUCAGGCGACAGCGGAUAUGGUGCCUGAGGAAGUGUGGGCUAAUCUGGCGCUGGAUCCUGAGAUCGUUGAGCUUGAAGAAGAACGGGCCCGCCUGAAGCAGGGUCACUACCGAAUCGAAGGUCACCCAGAUGAGGAAAGGAUCCGGCAGCUUACCAAUGAGAUUCGUGCCCAACGCGACAGGCAGGUAGUCAAGGAAUACUGUGAGCAUUACUUCUAUAACCGCCCUACCUGGGAUAUUGUAAGACAGGCGCGAGGUGAAGAAGAAGAGGAGUAUAUUGAGCCUAUUAUUAAUGUAUCGAUUCCGGAGCGGGCAAAACUGGCGGGAAUUCUUUGCUACCAGCCUGACAAUCUGGUUAAAGAUGACCUGGUGCAACGGAGGAUUGAGGUCAUCGACUUGAUGGUCUCCCUUUGCGAUAAGAGAGAGACGGUCAAACGCGAUCGGAUCCAGCACAGAGUCAAAAUUUGCCCGCCAGUCAAAACUGAGUUACCGCAGUCGAAUGCUGAGCACGGCUCUGGUCCUUUCCCUCUUCUCAUGCACGGCGCACAAUGCCCAGACUGCAUUGGCGACGAGCGGCUAUCAUUGGCGGAGCGCUCCUUUACGUAUUGUCGGCCAACCGUGAUGAACGAUCAUUUCGAUGGCGAGCAUUUGAUCAGGCGCGAGCAGGCUGAGCAAUGUGGGGAAAAGAUCCGGUGCGAACAUCCCAAGUGUCGCAAUCUCAAAUUCGAAUGUUUGGAUGCGUUCCGGUCGCGUCUUCAAGGUUCAUGGUGUCGCCUUGCGAUCAUCGGAACAAAUUAAGCAGAGGCAGCAGCGGAAAGUAAGGCAACGGCAAAUGGUCAGAGGCAAAUGCUAGCAUGAUGUGCCAAUGCUGAACAAUAUUGUGCAUCCACUCUCAACUCCUACAUUUUGCGAGCCGAUCAGGGCCUAAGGUAUCAAGAGAAUGAAGGGUGCUAGAAGCCGGGCUUAUGAGCCAACUAGUACUCAUCACUGCGCCCCUGGCGCCGGUGAUGGGAUCUUCAACUAUGGCGAAGGUCGCAUAAAGUCGACGAGAGACAGGGCAAGUGCGAGGCGAUAUUAGUUGUAAUAGACGGGGUCGCAUGCAUCCUAUUGGAGGGAGGGGGGUUGAGGUGAUUAAAG